CAUAUAAAACCAUGAUAAAACUUUAAUUAAAAUGUAGAUAUAAUCGAAUCGAAUAAAAAACUGUUUCUUAAUAUGUCACUAAUAUGAAAUGAUAAAACAAUAAAUUGCAAUAUUAUAAUUAUAAAUAAUUAAAAAAAAUAUUGUUUACAUAUUAUUAUAUUCAUUAAUCUUAACCCUAUCAAUUGAUAUGUAAAACGUGCAGAAUUCACUUUCAUUGAUAGUGAUAAUAUAAAAGUUCAAAUGAUCGCAUUAUGUAAUUCCUCGUUACAUACUUUGCACACGACUCCCAUAUUUCUGGACGUGUAUACGUACAAAAUGACGUGACGAGUUAGUUCAUGAGUGUGGGAGCGGAUCCAUUGGUGUGCACGUGACUGAAUCUCGAAUAUAUGUCUAUGUCGUAUAGUCGGUGCAUAAGUUGUGGUAUUGGUUGGCUGUCUAGUAAGCUAGUUGGCCGUCCAAUUAUUUAAACAUCAUCCGCGCAGUCGCGCGAGUCUGUCUCAAUGCUUAACCAUCGGUUGUGUACCGGCAUUCAGCAAGUAAAGAUUAUCAGUACUAGUCAGUGGUCUCUUGAUCAGUGAUAUUGCCUGACGCUGCCUCUGUCAGCAGUCUGUCGGACGUAUCGAUAGAGUACACGAUGUUAAGUAUAUUUGAACCACUUCUCGACAUUCCGGUUGUCUACUACGGGGCGCUGCUGGGCGUUGGAUUCUGUAUCUAUUAUCUUUUUGAAGUAGUUAAAACACCGAUGCUAGUAUGCGCAAAUGGACCAUUCCGAGAGUUUUUAGAAGAACAUGUACCUUUGGUGAGGAAUAAAUUUUGGCCAACCUUAUGGUGUUUCGAAUCAAGGGCACAAACAAUUAUAGCCAGCAUUCUUAGAUCUCGAAUCUUGCCACCAAUUCACUAUCGCAGAGAGAUUCUGACCUUGUCAGAUGGAGGUGAAGUGGCCUUGGAUUGGGCAGAAGAGGGAUGUUCUGCUGUUUCGCCAAUUGUGAUUAUUUUGCCAGGACUCACUGGUGCAAGUCAAGCGGAAUAUAUUAAGUGCCUUGUCUCAUCCGCGAAAAAAGUUGGAAUACGAUGCGUAAUCUUCAAUAACAGAGGGUUAGGAGGCGUAGAAUUGAAGACUCCACGAACAUAUUGUGCUGCAAAUAGUGAUGAUUUAACAGAGGUUGUUGACUAUGUAAAGAAGAUUCAUCCCAAUGUACUUCUUGGAGCGACGGGAAUCUCAAUGGGAGGAUUAAUUUUAGGCAAUUAUUUAGCACGACAAGGAAAAAUAGCCAAAAAUAAAUUGAAAGGAUGUUUCUUGAUUUCUGUGCCAUGGAACGUAUUUGCCGCGACAAAGAGCACAGAAGAGAAUUAUUUUAACUUGAUUUUAAAUAAAUAUUUAGCCUUUUCACUUCGUCAACAAGUAAAACGCUUGCAUUAUUCUUCGGAAAGUGGAAUGUUCGAUGUUGACAUUGAUUCUCUUCUUAAAAGUCAAACUGUAAGAGAAUUUGAUUCACAAUUUACGGUGAAACAAUUCGGCUAUAAAGAUGUAGAGGAUUAUUAUUCCAACGCAACUAUACAUGAUAAAUUACAUUUGAUUGACGUACCAUUAUUGUGUCUUAGUGCUGCGGAUGAUCCAUUUCAACCAGUUCAAGCCAUACCACUGAAGGAAAUAUCACAAACUAAAAAAGUAGCUGUUGUUGUAACAUCUCGUGGCGGACAUAUUGGUUUCAUGGAGGGUAUGUGGCCGGUAAAAGAAGAACAAUAUAUGGGUAAAUUAUUUUCACAGUUUUUUACCGCCCUAUUCACUACUAAUUUAGAGCAUCAAUUAUUGUGACGAACUUAUAAACUAAAUAUCAAAUACAUUCACAAAUAUCAAAUAUCAAAUAUUUCGUUUACAUUCGAGUAUUGUAUAAAAAUUAUCACGUGCCAUAAUUGAAGAUUGGACAUGGAAAAGGUUAUGAGUAAAAUAUAUUAUAUUAUGAUGAAACUGAUUCAUCUUUUAUAAUAUAAAACUUUUUUUUAUGUUAAUAAAUAAUAUUUUUAUUUAUUGAAAUAAAGAUAUCAAAAUUUA